AAGCUUGAUUUGGUUUUCAGUGCGAUUAGUCAUUAGAGCUUGAAGUAGUUCGUUAAUAAACGAUUUUCUUAAGCUCAAAGUUAAAUAAUUCAACAGUGAAUAAAAAUAAAUAUAUUUAAAAAUUAAUAAAAAUGGCAGCUUUUGCAACAUAUCAAUUAGGAAGUUUUGGUAGCAAUCUUACCGUCCUUGACUUGGUUCGACCAGAAAUGCGUCAUCUAGUAAGUGAUUAUUGGGGCCAAUUUCCACCAAUGAAUCCUCUUUGGCAUUCUAUAUUGGGAUUCACCAUCUUCUGUAUUGGAAUCGUCUCAAUGAUUGGAAAUUAUGUUGUAAUUAGCGUCUUCACAUCAACCAAAUCACUUCGUACGCCUUCAAAUCUUUUGGUUGUCAACUUGGCUUUCUCUGACUUAUUGAUGAUGUUUACUAUGGGGCCACCUAUGGUUAUGAAUUGUUAUCAUGAAACAUGGAUAUACGGACCAUUAGCAUGUCAACUGUAUGCCGCUGCAGGAUCAUUGUUUGGAUGUGUUUCCAUUUGGACCAUGACCAUGAUUGCAUUCGAUCGUUACAAUGUUAUCGUAAAGGGUCUUUCAGGCAAGCCAAUGUCUAAGAAUGAUGCUUUGGUCAAGAUAGCAAUCAUCUGGUUCUUUGCUCUUAUCUGGACUAGUGCUCCAUUCUUUGGAUGGUGCAGAUAUGUUCCAGAAGGAAACAUGACAUCAUGUGGAACUGACUUCUUAUCACAUAAAUGGAGCAACCGUUCAUAUAUCAUACUCUAUGCUCUCUUCGUAUACUGGACACCACUAUUCUCGAUUAUCUACUCAUACUUCUUCAUCUUGCAAGCUGUUUCUGCUCACGAAAAGAAUAUGCGUGAACAAGCCAAGAAAAUGAAUGUUGCAUCUUUAAGAUCAUCGGAAAAUGUCAAUCAAAGUGCCGAAUGUAAAUUGGCUAAAGUUGCAUUGAUGACAAUCUCAUUGUGGUUCAUGGCCUGGACACCAUACUUGAUCAUCAACUUUACAGGAAUUCUUACGAAUACAAAGAUCACACCACUCGCAACAAUCUGGGGAAGUUUAUUUGCCAAGGCUAAUGCUGUCUACAACCCAAUUGUUUAUGGCAUCAGUCAUCCAAAAUAUCGUGCUGCUCUCCAGAAGAAAUAUCCAUCAUUAGCUUGUGCGAGUGAACCAGCAGAAGUCAGUGAUGCACAAUCAGUUGCCACAGCUUCUACUGAAGAGAAAGCAUAAAUUGAUUGCCUUUGAAAAACGAGAAACACAAAUGGACUAUGGGUGAGCAUUAUGAAUGUAUUCUAUUAAUUUAUUAUUUUACGAGCAUUCAAAAAAUGUAAAAAAAAUAAAAUUUUGAUGUAACCUAAAUGCAAUUUUUUUGUUUCUUGUUUCUCAAUUUUCAUUAUUUCUCAAUUAUGAAAUCUUUCAAUUCUUUAUCCUGCUUCUUUCAUUACGCUCUUAAAGCAAUCCCUUUAAAUGUCAAAAUCAUAUAUUUAACUCUUUGUAGUUUAGUUUACCCAAAUGCAUUCAUUAUUAUUUCAUUACAUCAUCGUUCUUCAGUGGCAGUCGAUCGCAUUGCAAAUUAAAAAAAAAAAACUCUCUCAAAUACAAAAAAGCGCAAAAAUUUUGAAUUGGUCGGAAGCGCGAAACUCCGUUGUUAUGAUUCUGGGGACAAUUAUGUUCAUAUGUUUUGUUUACAAUCG